AUGGCCAACAUAUCGAUCAGUGCUCCCGGCUUGAGUAGCGGGGGCUUUCUUUAUAACAAUGGAAACAAUAAUGCGCGGCUAUGCAUUACAGCCGAGGGCGAAGAGUUCGACAUGGACGUUAUCAAGAGUUGGCAAGACGAAGGAUUCGAUGUGGUCUAUCUCCCCUACAACGGCGGCGGAAAGGACUAUGGCCGACGACUUCAGUCCGUAAAGGAUGGUCUCGGCGUAGGCGAGAACUACGGAGUGAUUGCUUUCGGUGACGCCGCCAAUUACUGCCUCGACUUCUACAUCAACUCCGUGAACGCCAGCCGACUCUGUGCGCUUGUCGCAUACUACCCGAGCUUGAUCCCAGAUACUCGAUCGCGAUUCCCUAUGUCCCUGCAAGUUGUCGUUCAUCUGGCAGGCGAAACGGUUGAUGUUCUCGUCCAGCCAGUGGCGCUUGGUCUACAAGGGAAGAAGCGCCGCCAAUCGCGCCCUCUCAAUGCGGGCGUUGGAACCGGCGAGCGACUCGAUCUCGCAUACCCUGCCUUCACAUACGACAAUGCUGUGCCCGGGUUUGCAGAGUCCGAUGUGGAGGAAUAUGAUCAUCUUUCGGCAAACCUGGCAUUCACACGAACUUUGAAGGUUUUACGAAAGGGAUACUCGCGGGAUCCGGAUUUGGAGCGCCGAGUAGAGGACCAUAUUGAAGGCAAGUUCUUUUCAUCCAAUACCAGAAAAGCAAUGGACGGUUAUGUCCGAGACAAGACCCCGAGCGUCACCUAUACGCCAACGAUCAGUGGUGGGAUUGGCAAAAAAGCUCUGAACCACUUCUACGAACACUUCUUCAUUGGCAAACUACCCCCAACAAUGCGCCUCCGUCUUCUCUCUCGAACAACAGGACCGGACCGCGUCGUGGACGAGCUAUAUGUCAGCUACGAACAUACCCAGGAAGUUCCAUGGAUGUUACCUGGUGUUCCACCGACAAACAAGCGCGUUGAAAUCAUUCUCGUCAGCAUUGUCAAUCUGCGCGGCGGACGCAUCUACUCGGAGCACGUAUACUGGGACCAAGCGAGCGUGCUCGUGCAGGUCGGGCUUCUGGAUCCGAAACUUUUGCCCAAUGGAGUUCAAGGCGUUGAUCGCCUCCCGGUUGUUGGUCGCGAGGCGGCUCGUCGAAUUCUCCAUGAAGACAACGAUCUCGAACAGGAGGACUAUCAUAACAAGAUGAUUAAACGCGCUCGCGCUCGCGCGCGCCGGAACCAAAUGAGCUCGCGUGCCUCGCAGGCAGGCGAAUCCGAGGCUGACUUGAAGAGUGAAGCAGAGCAGUCUUUGCCUGAUCGGAGUCGUAAUAAGGGGAAGACGGUUCAGAAACCUAGGCCUGUGGAGCAGGAGGAUGAGGGCGCUGAGACGGAGACGGAGUCGAGUGUGAAGGCAAAGUCGGAGGCUGGGGAUCGAUCGGCGUAUGUGGAGGAUGGGGCUGAGAAUGGAAAUGGCAUCCAAUCCUGA